GGAAGUACAAACUACGUCAGUACAUUACCAGUCGUUGAUUUCGCGUUCACGUUGGAUUGGAUUUAAAAUGUUUAAUAAAAAGCCGCGCAGAAAUUUCAGGCAAAGGAAAAACGAAUCCAGUGAUGAAGAUGAGAAUGAAAAGCUCAGCGGUGGUGAUAGCGGAAAGGAAACGGAGAAAGCGAAUUCAAAAGCGGAUUCGCCGCGAAGUAACGUUAGUCCAAAGGCUCGCGAGUGCGACUCUAGUGAUGCUGAGGAGCCCUCAGUCACUGCACUCCAGUCCAAAGGCACAAAACACCAUUCAAAGAGCAAUAAACUCAGCUUUCUUGAUGAAAAAGACUCCACCGAGGAAAGAUUUACAGUGAAACGUUCAGUCAACAGAGAAGUUGUGUUCCAGGCUCGGAAAAAAGAUGGUUCUCCUGCACCGUUAACAGGCUCCCAGGUUAAGAAGAGUAAGGAUGUCAGUGUGCAAUCUGACAGUGAUUCUGAUUCCUCGGUGGAAGACAUUCCUCCUGACAGCGAUGAUGGAAGCUCUUCUACCAUGUCAAGUUCAUCUGGGUCUUCAAUACCACAAAGAGUCGUCGUUCCUGAUGCGAAAAAGAUUCAUGCUGCCAAAGAGAAAAGGAGACAAGCCAGAGCCCAGCAAGAUUACAUUUCACUGGAUUCACCCCGAACUCCUGGAAGCCUACAGGAAGAAGAUCCGAGCAAUGGAGAACAAGACAGUGACAAUGAGCUGGACGAUCAUGAGCGCAGAAUCGAGUUUGCACCCAAACCCAAGACUCUGAGAGAGCGAAUGGCUGAGAAGAUGGGUAGUGAUAGUGAUGAGAGUUUUUCUGACAGCCAGGAGGAGGAAGACCAGCAGAUAUGGGAAGAACAGCAAAUUGGAAAAGGAGUCAAAAGACACCAAUGUUUCAAGGACCUUUCCUUGUAUUCUCAGAAGGAAUGGCAGGCUCCUAGACCAGCCCGACAGAAGAAAAUGGACAUCCCCGAAACACUUCCACCAGUCAGCAUUGAUGUCAUUAAGAAGAGAAUCGUUGCAAAAUUAGAUCCGCUGAGGGAGGUGCACAGGGCACGGGAGGCGGAGCUAAGGAGGAUGCAACUGGAUAUGGAAAUGGCCAAGAGCUCAUUGGAGAGCCUUGAAAACCAUGCUGCAGAUGAGCAGCUGCGGUUCUACCGUACCAUGAAUGUAUUCUCACGGAACCUACUGGAAUGCCUGUCUGAGAAGAUGGCUUUAAUAAACUCCGUUGAGCUGGACAUGCACAGUCUCUAUAUUGACCAGGCAGAGGCGCUGAUGAGUCAAAGAAGAGAAGCACUACAGGAGGAGUCUUCACUGAUUCAGAAGUUAACCUAUAACACUGAUUCACACAGCAAUGGUGACACAACCGGAGGCUCUAGCCCAACUUGGCAGAGCUUGUCUGAAGACAUUGGGUGUGUGCCGUGUGACUGGGAACCUACGGCUGAGCAGCAGGCAGAGCUACAAAUUAAAAGAGAUGAUCUACUGAAAAAGGCACAGGGAGUGUUUGCAGAUGUUCAAACAGACUUCUGGGAUGUGAAGAAAAUCCUCUCUAGAUUUGAUGAGUGGCGUGUCUCCUUUCAGGGCUCUUACAGUAAUGCCUACAUUGGCCUAUGCCUCCCAAAACUCUUGGCACCCCUGAUCCGACACCAGCUUGUUGGCUGGAAUCCUCUUCAGGCAGAUGAAGACUUUGAGGCAUUGCCGUGGUAUUCUGCUGUUGAUAGGUUCUGUCACGGUCAGGGUUAUGAGGAAUCAGAGAACAUGGAUAAGACGACGCUGCCUACCAUAAUCGAGAAGACAAUCCUCUCUAAAGUUCAAGGUUUCGUGGAGCUGGUGUGGGACCCUCUGUAUGCGCAGCCGUCUCAAACCCUCACGACACUGUGUAAGAGAAUACAGGAUGAUUAUUCUGUAUUUGAGGUUGAACAAAGCAAACCUGUCAAGGCUUUUGUAGAAGCAGUUAUUCAGAGGUUAAGGAGUGCAGUAGACAAUGACAUCUUUGUCCCGCUGUACCCAAAAAAGUUUUUAGAGGAUAAACGGUCCCCACAGUUCCAGUUUCAGAACAAACAGUUUUGGUCAGCAGUGAAGUUGCUUGGUAACAUGGCAUUAUGGGAUGGUUUGAUUCCUGAACAUAUUCUCAAAGAGCUGAUGUUGGAGAAACUUCUCAGCCGUUACUUGAUGAUAACUGUUCUUAACGAAUCUGAUCCAAAACACACCAUCCAGAAAUGCAAAGAGAUUGCAGGUUGUUUUCCAGAAUCAUGGUUUGUUGAUGUGAACACUGGAUCGUCACUACCUCAGCUGCAGAACUUCAGCAAACAUCUUCUUCAGACCGCUCAUGCCUUAUUUAAGGACAACAAUGACUCCAGCAGCACUCGGGCACUUUUAUCGGAUGUGCUGUUUGUCCUGAAGAACAUAAAGGCACAUGACAGUCUUAGGACUAUAACAGAAAAAUAUCAUUGUGAGGAUCUGUUAAAAACUCUCUAGUAGCAGCCGUCUUGUGUCGGCAGCAUGUUUUUGUAUGUUUUUAAAGUGCUAAGUCACUUUGAUAUGUGUGUGGAGUGAAUAAAAUGUUUUAUUUUGGUCCACAUGGUUUUCAUUUUCCUUUACCUGGGUCAGAACUGUCAUUUAUUCCUGUCAGAAAAAAAUGAAAUAUUUU